AGUCUGCUUGACCCAGCUUCUUUUAAGACUAGCAAUCGAACAGCAUUCCUUUCAUACACAUUUUGUCGCAGGCGCUGCAUGUAUGUCGCAACUUGCGCUUUCACAAGUCAAAAAAGUCGAAACAAGUCAAUUUGCCCAAUUCGUAAUAUGAAUCAAUUCACAUUGGGGCCCGACGGUUUUUGACAGACGGUAGGAAGUCAAUUCCGAGGCAUUGAAUCGAUUCAAGCGUGUGGAUACGGAAUAAUCAACGGACUCGGACUGGGUCGGUGGUCAGUGAUCAUCAUUUUGUGAUGUCAUUGUGUGGCCAGUGACGUCACCAUGCAGCCAGAGACGGUGUACAACCCGACUACCAUAGCUGGUGGCUCGGAGCGUGGUGGUUACCUGGACAGCAUCAGUCAGGACAGGCAUGGCCGGCGGCGAUGCUGUACAUUGACUAUUGCGGUGGCAGCCACCAUCUGCACCCUCAUCGGGCUGGCACUGACGCUCUACGGCAGCGUGUUCCACUACCACUACACCGGCGUCGGCGCCCCGCCCCCGGCUCAGACUCGGAGCGGCGUCUCCGCCAUCAGUCCGAGGUCCGCCUCUACAGGGCCCUCCUGGCGGCCGGCGUGCCUCUCCUGGUGGCCGCCGCCGCGCUGUGGACGGCCUACCUGUACCGCCGCGGACGGUGUCGGGACUGCUGGCUCUGUCCCGGUGCCAGGAAACGCCGGAGGAUGCGGAACAACUUCCGCACGCAGUGUCUGGAGGCGGGUAACCUCACCACCUGCUACCCGAGCCGUCCCUCCCAGCUGCUCUCACAAGAGGAGGACCGGCUGGUGUCUCAGAGUCUGGACGAGGUCGCCGGACUGGAUGAUACAGACGCCAUGCUGGACAGUGGACCGCGGCCCAUAAUACGGCCUGCUCAGCGUGCCACCUAGGGGCAGCGGCGGUAACAACGACAACGGUACCAUAUCACCCCCUCUACCUAGCCGCGCUGCAGACACCGCCCCACUCGCCAGUACCGAGGACCUCACCGCCCUCUCUGCCGAGACGCUCUACCUAACCACCGGCGGCGGCUCCCUAAACCCAGCCGCCUGGUCCGGCCUGCCCAGCUCCCUUACACUCAACUCUGGAGACUCGCGACUACCCAGCGACUUGAGUCUAACGGGGGAUGGUUGGACGGGGCGAAGCAAGCCUCCCCGGGCUGUAUCGGCACGAUGUUUACGAAGGAUGUCGGCUAGGAGUGGAGGUACUGAUAGGGCGAUGAGGGGAGUUAGUGCGCCAGUGGAGGCAGCUGUGGAGACAUGGACUGAUUCCGUCCAACAAGCUGUGGAUGAUAAGGAGGGGUGAUGAUUGGGGUAUAGACUACCACCGAAUAUUUGUUUGUCGUGUGUGCUUGUGGGGGAGGCAGGGAUGAUGAUAUUUGACGUGCCUGGGACGAAACAUUGACGAGCUGCGUCAAUCCGCGAAGCGGUAGUGUGAUGGAAAGAAGGGUAAACGGGGUAGCAUUUCACGGCCCGUGUGGGAAUCACGAAGCUUAUGUGUCUUUAUAGAAUGCCUGUGGCCAGUUAGGUGAAUGCUUUAACGUUUGUACUUCGGGAAUCCGUGUGUGGCCUUGUGAAAUGUGAUCUAACAUGGGUAUAUAUUAUCCGAAGAAUCUCAAUCAGAAUCUUAUGUGAGCGUGUCGUCCACAUGAAACCCAGCGAGCAUCGUGCCUAGUUUUAUAAACUAAAUGUACCGCGAGUUGGAUCAGUCCUGCCCCAAACUUUGCGUAGGAUACUGUUACUUAUAGGGUACUGUUAUAAGUAUCGACGGCAAGAGCCGUGUGUGUCUCGACUUAUGCUAUCCUGUCCCUCCCUUUCUUAUUGUCGGUCUGGUACUGUCAUCACUCUUGUCAUCACGUCUUGCACUACCCUGUCAUAUAUUUCCUACACUGCUCCAUCCCGCCCUGCUAUAUUCUGGCCUGAGCAACCUUUUGCUGUGCCUUCCUCUCCUAUAGAAGGGUUGUUCGUUGUUCGAACUUUCACCCCCAUCCCUAUCACGUCUCAUGGCUUCCUGCCACACAUUAGAUCGACCUGGCCUGAGCAGCGGUAAAUACGCGAGUUAUUCUGCUGCCUGUUGUAACUUCGGCUCAUGUGCUGACUAUGUGACAGCGUUGUAAAUAGGAUUCUGGUAGUAAUGACUCCGGAGUCCGAACGAUGGCGCAUUCUCUUUAGUGAGACUUUGAACAUUUAACGAAUGAUCUGCAUCGCAUGGCUAGUAGAUAUUUACAUGUGAUCUUUUGUUUUCCUUUUGUUUAUAUCGUGGCUUUAUUUAGUUCUCUUUAUGAACCAUAAUAGAUGACUUAGGUACCUGGAUGUGUUGUGACUAAACCAUGCUUUAUUUACGAUUGCAUUGUGUGGCAUAGGCUCGCGUAAACCAGUGCGUUGACGGUCAUAUGCUGUAUGUAUCUUUUCUGACCACUAGUUUAGGUAGUCUUUUGAUUCAGCUGGUCAAAAUUGUACUAAAGCGAGGUAUGAUGUGUCUACCGUAUGUUUCUCUUACAUGAAAGCCGUUUGACUCUGGGGAAUCCAGCCUUGUGCCAGAGGCGUACCAGCUACUGAUGCAUAAUUGUCAAAUGUCAGCUAUAAUGGUUCCGUAUACGGCACUUUUACGAACAAAACUGUACCUGCUUCAGUGGACAGCGAGUUGGUUGUUUUGGAUUUGUCUGUUUGCUGGGAACGCUGAACAAAUACAGGUAGAUAAUAAGUACCGA